AUGACAAAUGCGACGGCCUCGGUGACGCCAAUAGUAAAAAAAAAGUGGACUGAGGUCAAAAGAUUAAACCCAUCCUUCCGCCGCGACCCGGAUCGCAAGACGCAUCCCAAGCUGACAAACACUCGCUACACGUCCAAAAUGGCCUCCCAAGCUUGCGAACUGCCCUCCGUUUCCUCGCCGGCCGCUGCCCCGGCUGCCGCCGCCGUUGACCAGCAGGCUUCGAAGCCCAAGCCCUGCUGCGUGUGCAAGGAGGAGAAGGCGAAGCGCGACGAGUGCAUGCUCUUCUCCACGGCCGCCGACCCGGCCAAGGACUGCCUGUCCACGAUUGACCAGUACCGGAGCUGCAUGAAGGGCUUCGGCUUCACGGUGUAA